UUGAAAAAACACAAACAUUGGCAGCAGCGACUCUGCAGGAACGACGAACACGACCCGCCCUGGUGACAGGACGGCCAGCACAACCAAGAACUCCUGAUAACAACUACCACUGACGGGGCUCUAGAGGCUGUGGGUCCACAGCCUAACUAGCCCCAUAAAACACCCACGAAGAAGAAGAACACGACAGGCAGUGUGUGUGUGUGUGUGUCAUCUCCGUGCAGGGUCGGGCGGCAGACUCACCGCCACACACCCACAGCUUCCUGCCAGACACUCACCACCAUGACAGCCUGAACAAGGCCUAGCGGGGCAUGCCUAAGCCUAGGUGAAGCUGAUCCUACGAGGGGAAGGUAAUGAUGGAGUGUGUGACCGGCAUGGCCAAGACGCCCCCCGGCCCUUGGUGUUCCUCCAGCAUCACACCCGCCGCCCCGCGGGGCUGCUGGGCACCUUACUGAGGAUGACGGAAGACACGCCCCAGAGGAAGACGUCAGCCAGGAAUCCCUGCGCGACCCCCAGCCUCUUGCUGGGGGUGCGGCAGCGGCAGCAACCGAUGGCAAGUCUGGAGAAGCAGGGUGAGAUGGAGGUGUGGCCAGGCCUGUACGCACACCUCACCUCCCAGCUGAUGGCCCUGGCGCGGGGCAAGGUGGUGCUGGUGCUGGAGGUGUGGCCAGGCCUGUACACACACCUCACCUCCCAGCUGAUGGCCCUGGUGUGGGGCAAGGUGGUGCUGGUGCUGGAGGUGUGGCCAGGCCUGUACACACACCUCACCUCCCAGCUGAUGGCCCUGGUGCAGGGCAAGGUGGUGCUGGUGCUGGAGGUGUGGCCAGGCCUGUACGCACACCUCACCUCCCAGCUGAUGGCCCUGGCGCGGGGCAAGGUGGUGCUGGUGCUGGAGGUGUGGCCAGGCCUGUACACACACCUCACCUCCCAGCUGAUGGCCCUGGUGUGGGGCAAGGUGGUGCUGGUGCUGGAGGUGUGGCCAGGCCUGUACACACACCUCACCUCCCAGCUGAUGGCCCUGGUGUGGGGCAAGGUGGUGCUGGUGCUGGAGGUGUGGCCAGGCCUGUACACACACCUCACCUCCCAGUUGAUGGCCCUGGCGUGGGGCAAGGUGGUGCUGGUGCUGGAGGUGACCAGUCUGACCUCACCCAAACAUUGUGGCAGGAACUGAGCACCACACAUCCACACACUGGGUGGGUGGUGCCUGCUGUCCUGGCCAAGAGUGCCGCCCACACCCUCAGUGCCUUGCUGGGCCACCACUGCCCCCCUGCUGGACCCCCCUGCAGCCAUCACCAAGCCUUCAGGAGACACUGCUGAGCCUGGAGUACGUCCAGCGGGCACACUGGCGCUGCUUCCAGUACCAGGGUCCUUAUGCCAGCAGGAGGUGCGGGGCGAGGCUGACCCCAGCACCUUCAACCCGAGCCUCUCCUUCCAAGGGCCUGGUGGGUGUCUGGCCCUUACGCCUCCAGACC